AUGUUAUUCAACAGCGUAUCUGUCUUGUCGCUUGCUGCUCUUUUUCAAGCAGCAACUAUCUAUGCUCAAAAUGUAGAAACGGUGAACAAUAACUCUACUGUUUUGCAGCAACAACCCAUUGAUAAACCUGCGGGCUUACCCAAUGUUGAUUGGGACAUUUUGAGAAUAGAUCCAUCCGCCCGUGAAAAUCUUUGUCAGCGUCAAACAGCCUAUUGCGCUAAUAAUUGUGGAGGACCAAACCAAGCACCUAAAAAUUUCUGUAACGUUACUACUAUGGCUUGGGGCUGUGGAUGCUCACAUAAGGUUGCUGAUUUCGCACCUUUCUUAUGGCCUGUUGUUCAAGCAGAAUGCUCAGGGAAAGCGCAGGAAUGUCAAAUGAUUUGUAACAAGGACAUUGUCAAUCCUUCUACAUGUGCUGCAACCUGCAAUGCCUAUUACCAAUGUGAUACAGACAAUGCGCCUCCAAGCUAUCUGCAGACCGAAAGUCCAAACGAUACACCUUCUUACCAUGGUCCUCCAAAGAAGGAGAUUAGUAAAUCAGACAACUCCAACAAUAGAAACGGAAAUUCUUCUGAUUCUCAUACCUCUCGUGCAUCUGAAUCUAAGAGUAGCAGCAAUGCUUGCUUGCUAGCUGCUCUUGUUGCUGGUGCCAGCUCUGUUCUAUUGGCAGUGGCCAACCUAUAA